AUGUCUACAAUCAAUACAAAUGUAAACAAUGAUUCUCAACCAUCGACAACAACUGCUGCUGCUGCUCCUUCUCCUCCUCACAUUCCACUACCAGCUACACCCAGUGUGAAAAGAUUGAGACAAAUAUUAACAUCGGAAAAAUGUCGCAUAAUCGCAGACAAACUACUGGAACUCGAACAAAUCAAUUCCACAGAACUUCUGGUCAAUAGAGAAAUCAAUCGUCUCAAUUACAAACGACAGUAUAUACAAAAUCUACUCUCUUUGGUACAUCAGAUGAAAGCAACUCGUCCUGCAGCACACUCACGACCUCGUCCACGACGCCUACAGAAAAAUUGA